UAUUUUACGUGUCUCAAUUAUAUCUUUUAACUUUUUAUAUUUAAAUUUAGAAAAUAUUUUAGACGUGUGAGUAAAUAAUGCUCAACAGAGCAAUUGCUGAACCCGUGUUCAUGCGUCCUAGCGAUGCGCUAGUGCAUGUUUGUUUCACGUUUUGGGAGGAGCUUUCAUCAGCUGCAGGCGACGAUCAAGAUAGCAAAAUGUCUGCCACUACGAACAUCGCAAGGUUUGAGGAUGAGAUGAACAAUAUCCCUCUCGCUGACGAAGAUGCUCAAGAUGAAAGCGACACAUCUGUUUCAGCUUGCAGUGCGAUGGGAACUCAGAGCAUAGAGUCUAUCCCAUCCACUUAUACCAAUGGCAGCAGCAGCCCUGCGCUAACCUCCCUGGAUCCGGACAUGAGCCCCGAUGAAGCCGAAGAGAAAGCCAGGCUGAUUUCACAAGUACUAGAACUCCAGAAUACACUUGAUGACCUCUCCCAGCGUGUGGAUAGUGUGAAGGAAGAGAACUUGAAGCUCAAGUCCGAGAACCAAGUCUUGGGGCAGUACAUCGAAAACCUCAUGUCUGCCUCCAGUGUGUUCCAGUCCACUUCACCAAAGACCAAGAAGAAGUGAACAAUGUAUGCAGGAUUGCCGUGUACGUUGAAAAAAAAAAGGCACUGCUGCUGCUGUUCCUGCUUAGCGAUGCGUAAAUGAGGACACAAUGCACACUGGGGAACCGGUGCUGACCCCACACAAUCGGCCAUUUUAAUUAUGCUUUGAUGUUGCCUUUCCGAGUCCCGCUGUCCUUUUAGUCUUACUGCUGUCAAUUGCAAUGUCUGUAGUCAUCAGUGUGGACAAUUCAUCAAGGUGUGUAGCAACCUGGAAAGCUGGUAAUGUUUGUCAUGGAAAUUUUAAGGGCCCAGAAGAAAUCUCGAAAUACUGAGAGAUUACCAGGUGAAAGAAUAACUUUUAAUGUUUGGCGUGCCUGAUUCCCCACAAGGCUUUCUAAAUUAUUGACUGUGUUUCCAUCACAUUUGGUGUUGUUUCAGCUCUGAACUGCUGGACUAUGAUUAGAAAGGGCAUUUUCUAUGGAUGAAAUCUACGGAUAGUUUGCCACCGCACCACUCAUUAAAUUUUUGGAUAAAACCUGGAAAAGUCAGUAAAUGUUAAAAAGUGAUACGUAUUGCUAGAGAUGUUGCUUUAGUUACUGUGUCGACUCAUGCAAAAGCUGCACCUCUAACCGUAAUCAAUAACUUCAAGGAACAGUAAUUUAGUUUUACCUGUAUUUAAACUACCACAAACCUAGAGAGAUAAGGAAGCCAUCUUCCAAUGAAAAAAAACAGACUCCGCUUGGCUGUGUCGAGCCACAGCCAUAGUUGUAUGAAUGUAUGUUUUAUAGUAGCCAGUGUUAUCCAUCCCGGCCUAUGUGAGCAUAUAGGGCAUUGUGAUCUAAAGAAAAAAGUGCACACUUUCAGAAAAGAAUCUCUGCGAGCACGAGUAUGUGUGCAUUACCUACACAACCUUUCACAGAAAAUUUUGAAAAUAAUGAAGGUGGUGCUAUUAUAACGUGAUGUACCAUAUAUAACGUGAUGCAGACAGUGACACAAGAUAGGGAAUUUUUGCACCUUGGAGAAUAAUAGAACUCGCAAGUUCAGCGAAACUGAGUGUAUGCCCAUGUUUUUUGCUCGUGGCAUGACUUGUCAAGUUCUCGUUUAAGUUAUUGGAAAUUGACACUCUGUAUGCGGGCUGGCAGAAGCAAAAAAAAAAAUAGGGCAUUGACCUUCGUGACUGAAACUUUACCGAAAAGUUUACAUGGCGAGUAAAUGUAAAUCUUGUUCCACGCCCAUAUUCAUUGAUAGCAGGCAUUAUUGACAAAGAGAUGAUGGUAAAUGCUCCAUAGGCAACCAGCAGAGACUGAAAAUCUCCAAUGUGAUGCAUUUUACUAGGACCUUACACUAGAGUGUAACAUAAUUUUUCAGCAAAAAUCAGGAGAGUGUUUGGUGUUUUCUUCGGCACACCUUAAGUCAUAGGCCAAAAAAUUCACAUCUGAUUUUUAAUUAAAGACCAGAACAUUCAAUGGAGGAAAGAGUGUAACCUGACUGGGGUAGCAGUUUCAGUGUUGGGCAGAGCACGCAUGUCUGCUUGUUAGAGGUUCAUUACAUUGCAGAAAUGCACUUUAUUUCAGCUGCUAGAGAUGUUAUUAGUUGUACAUUUCUGUUAUGUCACUUAAUACAUGCCUUUCUGGCUGGCUGAAGCAUAGUGCCGCCAUUUAAUAGCAUUCCAUUCCACAACUUAAGAACGCUGUAGUCAACCUUGAAGACAAUACACCCUUUGAGGUGAUUACUAUUAUAGUAUCCUGCUAAAGUUACUAGAGUGAAAUCUCGCGCUGUCAUCGUAAGAAACUCUAUAGGCACUGCAGUCAUUGAAACACUACAACACUGAUGGGGGGUACCAUACACUUUUGUACAAUUCGGACAUGGCUUAAUUAAAAAAAGCAAACAGGCUUCUGUCAUUGUUCUUUUUGGCUCAAGUAGAGAAACAGUUUUUUAAAGCAGUAGAGUCUUUCACCUUGACAACUAGUUAUGUCAUUUCUAAUGUAUGACACUUGUUGUUUACACAGCAAUUUUUAUUUGAAAUGUUCCGAAAACAGUGGUAGAAAUUGGAGGGUAACUGAAGCAAAUCAUUGCCAUGCAGCAAAACUGCCUAAACACAUACUUGGAAGGUUGUUCAAAGCCAAAGGCAGAAAGUUUAGACAAACUUAUGUACUACCCGUCAGUCCUAUGCUGGAUGCAGCGCUGCACUGAUGUCUUGCAAAGCUGCUAGUAGCAGAUUUUCCUCUAGUAAGUUUAGUAUGAAGCUCCGAUUGCUAUUAACAGUAUGAACUGAUUAUUCAGGCAUUUGCAGCCGCUUAAAGCCACUCACUGCUGAAAGGUCUCUUCUGGUGUUACUAAUUGCCGUGCUUUGCUUCCAAGUUCAAACGCUGCUGGUAAUGGGCUUUCUCAAAUUGGACUAUGUGAGCUUCACCAUUCCCCUCUCGGCUUUGUGCGGUAACCAUUGCAGAUGGUGUUGGAAUGCUGAGAACAGACGAAACCAAAACUAAGAUGACUGGCAUACAGGUCUAUUCUGUGUCUCAAUUGAACAUCUAAGACCACUGGACAAACAUUUGUGGCCAGAUGAAGCCAGGUUGGAAAAUGAAAGAGUUUGCUGUGCAAAGUUCAACUUUUGUUGCUAUCAUGCUUCUUAUAAGGGUGGUUCUUAGUGUCGAUGCAUCCCGUUGACAGCUUCACUGACCAUCCUGCAGUAAAACGUUCAUGUAAUGCCAUGUUAGGCGGGAAGUUAUUUAGCAUACCAGGAAAAGGGCAAAGCUUGUUGCAUAAAAUGAGGUAUAUAGCGCAUUUCUCUACCCAUGACAUGCAUAUUGUUUUGAACUUUCUAUAGCAGUCUCUCUACAUCAUUCAUGCAUGCACAUGGGUGAAUCAAGUAAACGAGCAUGCUAAUAGAUUAAAAAAAAACGAUUGUGUGUGUGCAGUGUGCACGUACCAAAUGCAGGUGGCACACUUUUAGAGCAGCAAUACAGUUUGACUGCCGAUCCCCAUGGUCUCUACUUUUGUUCUCAACAAUAUAUAGAUGCUUUAUUGGUAAACUGUUCAGCACAUGUCUUCAUCCCUUCUUUGGAGUGUUCUUCUCCACAGUGUUAAGGGAAGCAGCUCUUUGUUUUUGAGAACAUUUGGAGCAAAUGAAUCUGCAGGUAGAAGAAAACUGUACUACAGGUUUUACUGCCAGUUGGCUGAACAUAUUUAGCUUGGCAUCAAGGACCAUGCCAUACAGCUUGUGUGUGCGCUGAAUACAGAACAUGUAUACCACACCACUCCUGCUUCACUGGCACAAACCAUGAUUUUUCUGCGUCUUGUGCAAAACACAAUUCUAGUCACAUAAAAAGUGCUUUAUGUUGCAGACCUCUGCAUUUUUUGUAUUGCUGCCUGUGUGAUCUCAAUAAAGACCACUACAUGCUGCAA